AUGCGACGGCAGUGGGGUAAUGAUAGCGGAGGUGGCGGUGAUGACGGUGGUGGGGGUGGCAGUGAAGACGACAGUGAUGAUGGUGAUGGGGCAACGAUGGUCGUGAAUGAAAGGGCUCCUAAAGUAGAGUUUUCGGUGAAUGGCCACCGGUUUGUAAAGGGAUAUUACCUGGCAGAUGGUAUUUAUCCUGAAUGGGCCACUCUUAUCAAGUCUUUCAAGUGCCCGAUGGAGCCGAAAACCACCAAGUUCAAGAGAUACCAAGAAGCUGCAAGGAAGGAUGUCGAGCGAGCAUUUGGGGUUCUUCAAGGUCGUUGGCAGAUUGUUGAGCAACAAGCCCGGGCCUACAGUGUGAACAAGAUAAAACGUAUCAUGUUAUGUUGUGUGAUUCUGCACAACAUGAUCGUUGAAGAUAACGGGGGCGCAAUUACAGAGUUUGAAAAAGAGUUGAUAGUUAACACUGUCCUCCCAACUCGCACGUGGUCUGAAAGGUGUUCAACGCAGCUUCGUAUGUACGGGGAGUUGCGCGAUAGAAGGACUCACCAUGAACUCCGCAAUGCUUUGGUUGAACAUGUUUGGAACCUCCCGGAACACGGCCGUCAACGUUGA